GGCGAUCGGACCGUGUCCAACCAGUUUUCGAGUGGCUAUGAGCCAAACAGAAAAUCAAAUAAAUACACGCGGUCGCCAGCAAAAAGUCAAACAGUUCAUCUUAGCAUUUCGGCCAAAUAAGGUUAUUGAGUGGAGAAGUCAAAACUAAACAUCGAACAUUUAAAAUGAAAUUCCUGAUAAUCGUAUUUGUAGCUCUUCUCGCCGUUGCAAUGGCUCAAUUUGGUCGUGGUCCUUUUGGUGAAUUGAUUCGGGAUAUUGAGCGAUUUGAAGGAGGUCAACAGCAGCAACAGCAGCAGCAAAGCGGUUUUGGAGGAGGUCAACAGCAGCAGCAGCAGGAAGAGGGGGUCAUCUUCAGAGGUCCUUUCGGCGGCGGUGUCGAGUUCUUCCAGGAGCAGCAGCAACAGCAGCAAGGUGGUGGCGGUCAGCAGCAACAGCAGCAGCAGGAAAAUCUAUUCAAUUUCUUUGGCUAAAUCUUCUACACGAGGCCAACUAGGCAUAGACUGAUUACCUAUCUCUACAAUUUAAAAGGGGGCCAUAGUUUAAAGCCAUGAUCCAAAAAAUAAACAUUAAAAUAUAUUUUAAGAAUAAAUAGACCAAAAUAAAAAUAA